GCGAACAUUUACAGUAUUUCUUGGUUGGCUACGUCUUCGACAGUUCGGGAUAUUUUGAUUUUUUUGAUUCAAUUGCAUAAAUAUGCCAGUUGACAGGUUGUUUGGUUGAGGAAGGAUUGAUGUAAGCUAUUCAUACACGUGAUGAUGGUUUGUUGGUGCGCGUCAUUCCAACCCAUAUCGCUCGCUUGCCUGUUUGCGCUUAAUUGUUGCUAUCAGUUUACAAAUCGAAAAGAGAGACAACAAGCGGCGCAAUUUAAAGCAGCAGCUCUUAUAUGUUAUAUUGUGUAUUUUGUUUAUGAUUUAAAAUUUUGAAAGUUAAAUUAGAGGGUAGCUAAUAUGGCUGCUUUAAUGGCAGGUUUUGGCAACUUCACCCAUGCGAUUGUACGCGCUAUUCCAACGUCCUUUGCCGAAGCAGCGCUGAGGACAAACUGUUCGGAGGUGGACCAUGUCAAAGCUCAGCGAGAACACGAGCAUUAUGUCAGUGUUCUGAAGCACAAACUUGGGCUGCAAGUGCUUGAACUGCCCGCCGACGAAAGUCUUCCAGACUGCGUAUUCGUGGAGGACGCUGCCGUGGUGUGUGGUGAUACCGCGCUGAUUACAAGACCUGGGGCAGCUAGCAGAAGAAAAGAGACUGAAGCCAUGAAGAAAGCCCUAUCAGAGCUGAACUUGAAACUUGUGGAGAUGGAUGAUGAGAUGGCCACCUUAGAUGGAGGAGAUGUGCUGUUCACAGGUAGAGAGUUCUUUGUGGGAUUGUCCAAGAGGACCAACCAGCGAGGUGCAGAAAUUCUUGCCGAUACAUUCAAGGACUAUGCCGUUUCCACCGUCCCAGUGCAGGAAGGCCUGCACCUGAAGAGCUUCUGCAGCAUGGCAGGCCCGGGCCUCAUUGCGAUUGGCUCCAGCGAAUCUGCUCAGAGGGCCCUGAAGAUCAUGCAGCAAAUGAGCGACCAUCGCUACGAUAAGCUGACGGUGCCCGAUGACCUGGCCGCCAAUUGUGUGUACAUGAACCUUCCCAGCAAGGGCCACGUCCUGCUGCACUGCACGCCAGAGGAAUACCCAGAGAGCGUUAAGGUCUUUGAGAAACUAAAGGACCACAUGCUGAUCCCAGUGUCCAACUCAGAGAAAGUAAAAGUGGAUGGGGCACUGACCUGCUGCAGUGUGCUCAUUAACAAGAAAGCAGAAAUCUGAGGAUUUGGAAAUGGUCUCGAGGGCUGGGUGGCAAAAUAGAAGUUAAUAAACUUGUCCCUGAAGCACUUAUCAUAAUUGAAUUAACUUAAAUUUAAUUAUUUAACUGCCUCUAUCGAAUCACUUAUUGAACAUUGAACCCUGUGUGUCAGUGCCUGUGAUACUGAUUGAUGUUUACAGUCCAUGAAGUACCCCCAUUACAAUGCACGGAGUAGAAUGGUUGGUUAAAGACAGUUCAUUACUUUUGAGUCCCCAUGUGAUAGAUGUUUUAGUAUGCUUAGACCACUGAUAUCCUGAAACUUAAAACAGAUUAGAAUGCAAGCCUUUCAUUUACUAGUAAAGAUAAAUGACACGUUUUGUAGACCAUUUGUAAUACUCUGGACUUAAGAAUUUGAAAUAUUCUUUGAUGAGAUUCGUAAAAAAAAAAAUUAAAAAAAACAACAAUUAUAAUCAUUGUUAUUGAUAGUGUGGUUUAGUGCACAUUUGUGCAUACGUGUAUGAAUUUCUGAGUGUAAGGAUGAUGGGAUGCCCUUGAAAAAUUCCAGUUUUCUUGAACAAUCAACAGUCAUCGUGCAUCCCUUCUUAUUUUGGCUGUCGAUCGAUGCCAAGCCGUGAUUUUGGUGCUAGUAAUUUCAUGCGGCCGAUUGUUGAUUUCUUUUCGUUCUUCCGUGACUCCUCGUCAUCUUCCCCCAUUGCCUGUGAGCCUGAUGUGAAUGUUUUCUGUUCAUAUGCCAUAACCAAGCUGUGCCUCUGCGUGACGGAAUAACCACAGCCUCGCACUGGGAUCAGCUUCUGAUUGAGCUGAUUGACGGAGGUGUACAGCAACAUUAAAAUCAUGGGGUGCACUCACUCUUUAUGUUUGGCGGAAUAAUUAAUGAAAAAGUCAAAUCUUUUUUGUGUCCCUUGUGAUGAGGUACGUUUCAUCUACUGUUGGGACAUGGUGAGGACUAGAUGAAAGUUAGUUGUGUCCAAAUAUGUAAAGCCAUUGAAUAGAAAGUGUGCAAUAAGAACACAACUACUUGUACUGAAAAUGCAUUUUAUUAAACAAUGCGACCGCAAUGAUAGAAAAAACAUGAACUUUUCUAUCCACUGUAACAUCUAUUGAAUAGAUCUUUCAGUGAGGCUAAAAUUGUGACGAAACAUGGAAAGAAUUCUUUUGGAGAACCAGCGUGUUAUCCCAUAAACACUAUCUUCCUUCUUUCCUAUUACACACAUUUCUGGUGUAAUUUAUGACAGUGAUAUCAUAUAGUCUGGCGCAGGAACAAGAUGACCAGCGCUGAAAAAGUUUAAUGUGUGACACAAGCGGUAGAUUUUAUAGGAGGCAUUUGGCAGUGAGUGUGAUGACACCACGGUUGCUGUGUGUCUGGUGUUGAGCUCAUUCAGCUGAGUCCGGUGCAGUCGGCCAUUAGUCGGGCUUGCCACAUGAUGAGCUUGGGGUAGCCCUACCGUCCUGUUAAUGAACAGUUUGGUACUAGAUACCCUAAAAUUUUAAAAUAUUUUACCACUUUGAUACGGUUCUAUUUUUAUUGGAAGGGUCAGUUUGUUAAAAUGAUUGAUUAUCAAAUGAUUCUUUUAAAAAUGUGUACAUUAAAUUAUGUAUGUAGCACUGCUCCAUGUAUUACUUACUUCUUUGAUAUUUUAAAUUGUGUUUAAGUGCUGUAUUCCUCAGGUUGCUUUUUUGUUUGUCUUUGUUAUGUGUACAUUUUAGCAGUCAAUUAAACAUGUCUGUGUGCUUUAUUAACUUAUUGGAGUAUUGCUUUCAUUUUGUCAAAUAAAGUUAAUCUAAUGUCA